ACGAAUGAUUUUCCCACCGGCCAAAAUCAACAUCUUUAACUACCUCAUCUUCUAUUUAAGUUUAACUACCUACCCCCUUUCAUUUCAACACACCACAAGAAUCAACAUCUUUUAAACCACUUAUGGAUCGCCACCACCACCACCACAACGCUCCCCACCACCACCAACCAUCACCACCGCCACCACAACCUGCAGUUGUGGUCCACCACGUCUCCCACCAACCAUCACCACCUCCGGUCCACCAUACCACCACCCACCACACUCCAAAGUACACCGACAAUAAACCAACUGUUAGAUUCUACUGCAAAGCCAAAUCUGAUUACUCACUCACCAUUCGUGAUGGUAAAGUUGUUCUUGCACCCACCAACCCUUCUGAUCAUCACCAGCAUUGGAUAAAGGAAGAGAAGUACAGCACAAGAGUGAAGGAUGAAGAGGGUUACCCUUCUUUUGCUUUGGUCAACAAGGCUACCGGACAGGCGAUCAAACACUCCAUCGGUGCCGAGCAUCCGGUCCAGCUGGUGGAGUACAAUCCAGAUAAGCUGGAUGAGUCUGUUCUUUGGACCCAGAGCAAGGAUCUAGGUGACGGUUUUCAUGCGGUAAGGAUGGUUAAUAACAUCAAGCUUAAUGUAGAUGCGUGGAAUGGCGAUAAAGAUCACGGCGGUGUUCGUGAUGGCACCAAAAUUUAUCUCUUUAAGUGGACAAAGGGUGAUAACCAGCGAUGGACCACUGCACCUUUCUGAGGCAUUUUCAUGGCUAGAAGUUACUAUGUGAGUUUGCAUGUGUGUUGGUGUGGGUGCUUUGUUCAUGGUCAUGAUGAUGCUAAUAUGUAUGUUUAAAUAAUGAUGAUGAUGAUGAUGAUAAUGAUAUAUGUAUGUGUUUUGCCACCUAUGAAAAAAAAAUCUUGGGUCUGCCACUGCCUGUAUUGAACAUGAAUACUUAGCCUUCGCUAAAUAUUAGUUCGUUCGUUUUGCAGCCAAAUACUAGAACUUGUCGAAGGCUACGUUUAGAUUUGUAUAAAUUUUGUAUUUA